UGCAAAGGGGGUGUGGUGCCCAGAUAUGUUACGUUGGCAGCACUGUCACAGCAUAUGAUCAUGAUCUUGGCCUAAAAAAAAAACUAUUUAACAAACCCCACGAACCGGAGUUUCAUAUUUCACAAGACUAUAAUUAUAAUAAAAAAUGAUGAAAUCAUCCAUCGACGCUAGUCUUGCUUGGAGACACCUGAGUGGUAUUAUUUGUGCAUACAAACCCCCAAGAAAGUCUAUAAGCCAGUUGAAAGAGACAGUGAAAGCUCAUCUUAGCAGAGAUUUAAAUAAAAUGAAAGUUCGGCCUCCCACACCAUACGUCUUGAUAGACACGGAUCAAAAGAAUCUCGAAAAAGCGAUUGGCGUUGAAGAUUCUGUGAAAGUCAUCCCCAGUUAUUCAGACAACGUUUUAGUGACUGGUCCUCGGUAUAUUCGGGAAGAAAUUAAGUGCAAUUAUGUGCAUGGUCUUGGAUUCAAAUCUUCAGGCGUUAUGCUUCUUGGCAUUAAUGGAGGAUGCAGAGCUGUCCGGAAAAAAAAUUACUUCCAGCUGCUCAGAGUUUACCAAAUAGGGGUGAGAUUAGGCUUAGAAACAAACACAGGCUGGUAUGACGAAGGCAUGGGCGUUGCGAGAGCACCUUUCAAGCACGUUCCUCCACAGGCCAUCAACACAGUCUUGUCUGCUUACCAAGCAUCUCACAUGAGGACUGCUUUUGAAUUAGCUGGCGUUUUGCCUGACAGUCAAGAAGCCUUCGAUUUAGCCACCCAAGGGUUAGUCAAGCCAAAAACAGAUCAAGGAUGUGUGAUUUACAACGCUCGACUUCUUGACUUUCGUCCACCAGAUUUUACCAUUGAAUUUGUCACACUGAAUGAAACUGAGGAGUAUUUUCUUGACCUUGUGACUGAACUAGGGAGAAGACUACGUAGUACAGCUGCGACCAGAUUCAUCAAGUGCAUUCAAAUUGGGAAUUUUGGUGUAGAGCACUCAUUAAGUACACCAGAGUUGAAUUUACAAAAUAUCUUGAAAAAUAUGAGACUCUGUUGGAAACUGACUAAGGAAAAUAAGGAAUUAUUUGACUUGCAAGAACUUGAGGAUAUCAGUGAGGAAAAACUUGAUAUCUAUGAGAAAAUGACAUCAUAAUAAAAUUGUAGUUUACAUAAAUUUGUA